AUGUCUGCUACAACAAAGACUGUUAGCAUCCCAAACAUUGCCUGGGAGACGGCUGCUGAUAUUCAUUUCCCACCCAACUUUGACGGCAAAAAGAGCUAUCCAGCCGUUGUGUCGGCGCAUCCAAUUGGAUCCUGCAAGGAGCAGACUUCCGGCAACAUCUACGGGAAAGCCCUUGCCGAAGCUGGCUUUGUCGUCGUCGCCUUUGACGCAUCUUUUCAGGGGGCAUCGGGCGGCCAACCUCGUUUCAUUGAGAGUCCCGAAUUCCGUGUCUCCGACUUUCGAUUUGUGGUCGAUUAUCUCCAAACGCUCCCAUAUGUCGACGCAGAGCGCAUUGGUGUGCUGGGUGUCUGCGGCGGCGGCGGCUAUGCAUUCAAUGCAACCAUGACGGACUACCGCCUCAAAUGUUGCGUGGGCAUUACUGCCGCAAACUAUGGACGUAUUAGUCGUGAGGUUUUCGCUGGAUUCGACCCAGUCGGCACACUGGAGAAGAUGGCUAAGCAGCGCACACUUGAAGCGCAAGGAGCAGAUCGUUACGUUCUCAAGUCCAUUCCAGCGUCGGUUGAAGAGGCCAAGAAGACGACUUCGGAUGUCGAUAUCGUUGAGGCUACAGAGUACUACACCACUAGUCGUGGCAAAGCACCAAAUGGUGCGACCAGCAGUCUCUUCUCCUUUGGGAGUGCUGCCCUCACAUGGGAUGCGUUUAGCUGUGCCGAAACGCUCAUGACGCGACCCUUUAUGGCCGUGGUUGGCGGUAUUCCUGGAGCUUUUGGCGCAUAUCGCGAUGCUCAUGAGAUUUACGGCCGUGCUGCCUCAAAAGAUAAGCAUUUGGUUGUGUUGCCCGAUGUCACGCAUUAUAUGCUCUAUGAUAAGCCAGAGGCUGUCAAGCCCGCGUUGGAACAGGCUUUGCCUUUCCUCAAGAAACACCUUGGUGAGGCCAAGUAA